AACCUACCCACUAAUUUACUGCAAUCCUACUGAGUAUUAUAUUUCGGCACUCGGUUCUUGCUUAAUUUUGGUGCUUCCCUGUUGUUCUCUUCUUCCUUCUUGCUGUUCGAUUAUUGUUGUAAUUUUACAAUUUGAACAAAAUUUUCGAAGUUGAAAGCAAGAAAUAAUCAUGGUUGGUCUAGCUGACAUUCCAUGCUUGGGAAAAAUUGUGGAAAGAGUAUCUGAUGCCACAGUUGAUUCAUUGUUCCGAGGAUGUGGCUAUAUGUUUUGUUACAAGGAUUUGGUUAAGGUUCUCGAUAAAGAAAUUCAGAAACUUAACAUUCAGGAGGAGAGGGUGUCUGCAAAAACUGUUGAGAAAAGAGCAGAUGGGAAAAUUAUUAAGGGUCAUGUACUGGAGUGGCAGAAAGAGGUUGAAGCAAUCCAGAAGAAUGCCAAAGAGUUUACGGAAAAAUACAAGAAGAGAUCUUCAUGGAGGUGCAUCUAGUGUCUGCCAAUUCCAAAACUUAUUUCGCGCUUUCAGUUGGGCAGGGAGGCAGAGCACAAGGCCAAGAGGGUAACUGAACUAUAUGAUUCCGGGAAGGAUCUCCUAAGCAAUGAAAUUGCAUACCUACCCCCGGUUGAAAAUUUACCUACAACUGAUACUAUGUUCCAGGAUUUUGAAUCUAGAAAAGAUGCAUUCAGGAAGGUCUGGGAGGCUUUGGUGACUGAAGGUAGUUCCAGGAUUUUGGGCAUCUAUGGAAUGCCAGGAGUUGGAAAAACUCGAAUGAUGGAACAAAUCUGGAAAGAGGCCAAGGAGAAGAAGAUCUUUGACAAGGUUACUCGAGCAGACGUGGGCAAUGAGAAAUUGGAUGUGAUAGAAUUACAAAAGCAGAUUGCCAGCCAUCUAGACUGCCAUUAUGAAUCCAGUGAUGAUAAGAAGCAUAGAGCUAAUCAGCUGAAAAACAGUAUAGUGAAUGGGGGCAAGAUCCUUGUAAUACUAGACGAUGUAUGGAGGGAGAUUCCUUUAGAUGAUAUUGGAAUUCCCACUGAUGAUGGUUGUAGGGUUAAUAUUCUCCUGACGUCAAGAAAGGAAGAUGCAUGCUUGCGUAACAACUGCAAGCAUCCAGUCAACAUAACAACACUUGAAGUUGAUAAAGCGUGGGAUUUGUUCAGGAACACUGUUGGUGCUUGUCAAAUUGACUCUCUUCAAGAUGAAUCCUUGGUGAAGAAAGUGUGUAAGAAAUGUGGAGGUUUACCGCUCCUAAUUCAUGCAGUUGGUAAGGCAUUGCAAUUCACAUCUCACGAUUCAUGGAAGGAUGCACUUCGUCAACUUGAGAAGGGCAAAUUUGAAAACAUUGCAGGAAUAGAUUCAGAAGUAUAUGCUUGUGUUAAGUUGAGUAUUGAUAGAUUACCAGACGAUGCAAAGUCAUGUCUUUUCCUGUGUUCCUUGUACCGUGAAGAUGCUGACAUACAAAUCAAGAAACUGAUCCAGAUAGCAACAAGCUCGCUUGUAGACGAUGGAGAAUCCAGAAUCCGUGCUAUGUUUAAUAUUCUGAGGUCUUCUUCAUUGUUGCUCGACACUCAAGAAGAUCAUGUAAUAAAACUGCAUGACCUCAUUAGAGACGUAGCUAGAUCUAUAGCUGCCAGAGACCCAAAAUAUGCGUUUUUACUUGUAAAAAGUAGUUCAAGGUUGCCUGAUACAGCUGAUUAUUGCACAAGGAAGUUUUUACAUUUACAACUGGAGACGAAUAUAUGCUGUUUCCCUAAUGACCUGGUGUGCCAGAACUGCAAAUGCUGUGGAUAGAGUGCAGCGAAGGUACGCUACAACUAUCAGUCGGAGUCAUUAGUGUUUUUGUGAAUCUGAAAUUUUUGUUGUUGGAAGGUACAUUAGAUACUUUGAUGCUGCAGUUCUCUCUUCAACCUUUGUGUAAACUCAGGAGUCUGAUAUUAGAUUUUUGUGACAUUUCCCACAUCAAUGUCAGGUUUUUCCCCGAAAAUCUAGAAACUCUUAGCAUUUGGAAUUGUAAUCUCCCUUUGCCGCUAGAUUUACCAAAGCUGAAAUAUCUUCGAAAGCUAGAAAUUGAGGAGGGGAGACCUGGAGUGCAAUUGGUGCCAAAUAGCAUAUAUAAUCUCCCUAGUCUCCAAGAAUUGCGUAUACCAAAUGGAUUCGAAGAUCUGGAUGUUGGACCCGGAAUAAGUUGGGAUGCUGUUUCUGCGCCCAUUUUGGUCGAGAUUAGUAAAUUUACCGGUCUGAAAAGUUUACAGAUGUAUUUCCCGGAUUUUGAGCCUUUUCAAGAUACUAAUGUAUUUACUAACCUACUUGAAUACAAUAUAUGCGUUGGUCACCCAGGAGAGCAUACUCGAUAUUAUCCAGAUUAUAUUGUUUCUUCUAAAAAAUCGAUUGAGUUGUACGGCACUUGGCCAGAAAUCUUGGGAGGUCUGAUAGAGAAGGCUGAAGAGGUGAAGUUGCAUGGCACCGAUAUGAAUGUGAGUAGCAUCCACAACAGGAACAAAAAAGCAUUCACAGAUUUAAGAAAUCUAUAUAUUGAAGAAUGCAACACCAUGGAGUAUCUAGCAAGGAUAUCAGAGGAUGAAAUUUGUUAUAGUAGCCAAUCACAGACAUCUUUCUGUAAGCUAACAACUUUAGAAAUUAAAAACUGUUCCGGAAUAAAAUACCUCUUUAACGA